AUGACCUUUGUUCGAAGUCUGUUGGCUGUUGCUGUCAUAUCCGAUCUCCAACAUUAUCUUGAUCAAUGUUUUGAAAUAAAAGACCUUGGAUCUCUCAACUACUUUCUUGGCCUUGAAGUCUCUUGGUGCUUGGGCAGAUAUUUAAUGUCUCAAGCCAAAUAUGCCUUUGAUUUUUUACUUCGCUCAGGAAUCAUCGACUCUAACACAACUUCGAUGCCAUUAGAUCCCAAUGUUCAUUUGACCCCUUAUGAUGGUGUUCCUCUUGAAGAUUUUAUGACUGCUCCUCGAACCAUCCAUUUUACGUUUGUGUUGCAUAUCCUUCGCUAUAUCAAAGGUACUUUAGGGCAUGGACUUCAGUUUUCUUCUCAAUCCUCCCUCGUGUUAUCUGGCUACUUUGAUGUAGAUUGGCCUGGGGAUCCCAUCGAUCGAGGUACUACAAUAGGCUACUGUUUCUACUUAGGAGAUUCUCUUAUUUCUUGGCAUAGUAAGAAAAAAAGUGUUGUCUCUUGUUCCAGUACUGAACCAAAAUAUAAUGCUCUUGUUGAUACUACCGUUGAACUCCUAUGGCUUUGUUGGCUCAUUGCUAAUAUGGGUGCCCCUCAAUAG